AUGUGUUUCUCCCUGCAGGAGUUUGGAGAUCAUGCCAACAUCGUCAAACUGCUGAACGUCAUCAGAGCUCAAAAUGACAAAGAUAUUUACCUGGUCUUUGAAUACAUGGGUGAGGACUCUUAUGUGGAUUGUCUAUUGACAUCCAUUUUGAAUCUUUUGUCGGUUUACUUGAGGAUUGUCGUGAUAUGUGAAAUGGUAGCACGCUGUAUAAUAUGACAUGGCUAUUAAUAAUAACAGAUAUACAUGCAAGAUGCUUGCAUCGACGACUCUUGAUGGUCGAAAUCACCCUGAUACCCCCAAAAAAACAAUUUUCAGGGCUUUCCCACUGUAUUUAUUAUUGGCCACCUACCCUGUGCUAAAUUUGAUGGGGUCGGACAUUAUGAAAUAACAACACAGAAAGAAUGUAGGCAGGCAAGCUGCAAGGUUAUUCAGCAGUUUAAAUCUGGCACCAGAGGGAGGGGUGGGGGGGAGGUCUCUUCUCCUCUUGGCUGCCUGCGAUGCCUGCUGAGUCCACACAUUGGACUGCUCUCUGAUCUCUGAGUGUGGGCCAGCAUCCCAGGCACACCCACCAUGGAAAAUGGCUCCUUUGUCCUACCCUGGCUAAUUUUGGGGGCACUGCAGGAGUGUGUAGAUUGUUUAUGGGAAACGUGUUGUGUCUGGUUUGUUAUUCAUUGAGUGUUUUAUAGAAAGAUGUUUUCAAAGUGCCAUUAUUCUGAGUGUGGUAUGGAUUAAUGUUCAAUGCUGGAUGAUUCCUGUUGGUUAUUACUGUUUUUACCAUUUGUGUGUUGCAGACACCGACCUGCAUGCAGUGAUAAAGAAAGGCAACCUGCUGAAAGACAUCCAUAAACGCUAUGUCAUGUAUCAACUCCUCAAGGCCACCAAAUACCUGCACUCAGGCAAUGUCAUCCACAGAGACCAGAAGGUACAGUUAGAAUGUUUAAAUUGCCAGUGUACUAAGAAGUGUGCUUGUUGAGAAUAUGACAUUAUUGCAUUUGCAGAUGCGCUGGUGCCACUAGUAUGGGUAACGCUAUCUAAUUCUUCUGUUUUUCUGGAGGAAAAACGAUUUGGAUGACAUGGCUGAAUUGGCUUUCCUCUUCACACAGCCGUCCAAUAUUCUGCUUAACACGGAUUGCUUUGUGAAGCUGUGUGACUUCGGUUUAGCAAGAUCUCUCUACCAGAUCCAGGAGGAUGCUGGAAACCCGGCGCUGACAGAGUAUGUGGCGACGCGGUGGUACAGACCUCCUGAGAUCCUGCUGGGCUCCUCAAGGUACACAUGCACUGGGACCUGCUGUAUGUUUCUCAAUAAACUGAGCCACUCCUUCAGGCUUGAAUACAUAUCUGAAAGAGUGAACGGUUUUCUUGAUUUAGUGUUAACAUUUGUUUCUGAUAAAAUAAUGCACAUAAUGGGAAGGUAAGUAUUCAUGCAGAAACCUGUCAGUGUCUGUGAAAUCACUUAAAUACUUUGAUUUAUCCUAUAGGUACACAAAGGGUGUGGACAUGUGGAGUAUAGGUUGUAUCCUAGGAGAGAUGCUGCUUGGGCAGCCCCUUUUCCCUGGAACCUCCACCAUCAACCAGAUAGAGAAAAUCAUGAGUACCAUUCCACACCCUAGCCCAGAGGGUGAGUAUUAAGUCCUGGCUGCACAGUUCACAGAAAACAGAGUGUGCUAUUUGCUUGUUGAGCACUAGUGGUGGAAUCAAGCUUUUAUGCCCCUAACUGACCAAGUUAACUGACUAAAGUAAAGAUAUGUGAUUUUGUUUUCAGACAUACUUUCUAUCAGAUCCGAGUAUGGUGCCUCUGUGAUUCAGAGGAUGCUACUGAGGUAAGUCGUAGUGGAAGUCCUACAGAAGUAAAUAUGUCGAGACAUUUUGAGACAUUUUGAGAGCUUGGGACUAAAAGGUCCUAUCUGCAUUUUUGUCAAAAUUGAGUUAUUGACAUAGCCUUGUUCUGUUCAUUGUUCACUAUCUAUAUAGUACUCUAAAUACCCCCAAUUAAUGUUGUUAAGUUCAAAAGAAUACAAGAUAAAAAUUGCUGACACCAUUCAAACCAAUGAGGGUUCAGAACGUUAAAGCCAAUUAUCUCAGAAUCAUCUUUUUGCAGAUAGAACCUUAUAGUCGCAAGCUCUCGAUUUAUUCACGAUGCUGCACUCUGUCUGUAUUUGUCUGUCUGCGUGGCCAGGCCCCAGGAGCCUCUAGAGGAUCUUCUGCAGCCUUCGGUGCCCCCUGAUGCCCUAGACCUGGUGUGUCGCCUGCUGGUGUUCAACCCAGACAAAAGGCUGACCGCUGAGCAGGCCCUGCAACACCUUUACGUCUCCAGGUAGCGUAGAAAUCACAUCCAAUCUAAUUGUAUUUAUACAGCACAUCUCAUACAUUAAAAUGUAGUGCAAUGUGCUUUAUACAAGCUUUUAUAGGCUAUAGGCUGGUUAUCAAUCGUGUCCCUUUUUAAAUCAGCAGUUGUCACAAAGAGUAACCCAGCCUAGACCCCAAAGGGCAAGGGAAGCUGGUUUGAUGACACAAUGCUCUAAUCCUUUUAUGAUGCCAAUGCCGUUCAUUUUUGUUAUAUAGUUUGCAUCCCAAAUGGCACCCUGUUCCCUACAUAGGGCACUUCCUUUGACUUGGGCCCUGGCCAAAAGUAAUGCACUAUGCUGAGUAGGGCUAGUCUUGGAAUUAACGAUGUCUUUCUUUUCUAUUUGUGUUGUGUUAUGUCUUUGUGUUUUUCCCCUUAAUUUCACUGGAGAUUCCACAACCCAGCCAAGGAGCCAGGUCUGGACUAUGCCGUGAUCCUGCCUGUGGAUGAUGAUGUCCAGUUGUCGGUGGUUCAGUACCGCAACAAACUGUACAAGGUAAUACUGAGGGGAGGGAGGAUGAUGAACACCUGUCUCGUGUUUGGUUGGCUUAGGGUAGACCAUUACUGCCAAUUGUUUCAUAGUUACUAAUAGUAUUAUUAUUAUUGUUAUUCUUUAUUUAUUUUUCUUAAGGGGUAGAACAGCUUUAAUAUUGCAGAUAGAUUGCAACUUCCAUCAAUGUAAUUGUCUGCAUCACUUCCAAUUCCCCAUAUAUUUUUUUUUGCAUAGAGUGUUAAACUAAGUCCUUUAUGACAAUAUACAUGUUUUAUUAACGACUGAAAAAAGGCACAGUAUCUAUAAGGAAUCUUCUCUGUCCCUUUUUUAUCUCUGUCCUGUGGAAAAGAUGAUUCUAGAGAAGAGGACCACAAGGAGAACGCUACGUCAUGUCCAGCCCAGGCCGAGGAAGAAAGAGGAGCCGGUCUCUGGGUCUGGCUCUGGGUCUGGGUCUGGGUGUGACCGUGGAGACCAUGGGAAGGAAAGGCCCAAUGGGAAGAACAAAGGUGGUCCGGAGCCAGUCCCAGUGGCUGGUGAUGGUGGAGGGGACCUUGGGGUUAAAUCCCCUCAUGAUAAGACAGAACACCAGGCUGCUCGUCCAGUUAUCACCAUACCCACACCAGUACCUGUGUCCACCCUGCCGGCCCUGGAGAAGACCAGCCCUGCAGCUAGCCCCGUCAUGGGAAAGACUACAUAUAAUCCCAUCACACACGUUGCCAGUGAGUACACUAACACACACAUGUGGUCCCCCACAUUCACAUUCACAUUCACACACACCUUCAUACUUCAUACACAUACCUUCAUACUUCAUACACACAUCUUCAUACUUCAUACACACAUCUUCAUACUUCAUACACACAUCUUCAUACUUCAUACACACAUCUUCAUACUUCAUACACACACUUUCAUACUUCAUACACACACCUUCAUACUUCAUACACACACCUUCAUACACACACCUUCAUACUUCAUACACACACCUCCAGACUUCAUAUACACACCUUCAUACUUCAUAAACACAGACACAUACUUUCUAAUGGUAUUUGUCUUCUCUUUCUCUCAUGCAGAUGGUUUUGUUAGAAGUCUGGCUGGACCAGCUCACUAUUUUCGCUCUGGUACUGCCAGCAGGAAACUGGAGCAACAGACGCGUGAUGAAAAUGUAAUUGUACCGCCAGCAGAGGGCGUUAACGGCAAAGCUUUUGUAAGUACCACUGUCAUAAGAAAAACUUAGUUGUAAGUACCACAGCAAUAGGGAAAAACUCAGGUCCCAGAAAAGAGUUUAGUUACAACAGAUAUAACAGAUCACAUUUAAUACAAUAUAAGCUGCAACAAGAGAACAUAAAUCAACAACAAAUAAAUCACUCAUUUUAUAUCCUCUUGAGAUACAUGAUGUAAUACAAUACCUACAAAUGACUACCAAAAUAAUGGAAACAUUUGAGUGAAGGAGGGAUACAAAGUAUAUUGAAAGCAGGUGCUUCCACACAGAUGUGGUUCCUGAGUUAAUUAAGCAAUUAACAUCCCAUCAUGCUUAGGGUCAUGUAGUAAAAUGCUGGGCCGGCCAUUAUUUUGGCAAUUAUUUUGGCUACCAAGGCUAUGCCCCCAUAGGAUGACAAUGCCCCCAUCCACAUGGCACGGGGGUGGCAGGUAUAGCCUUGAGGUUAGAGUGUUGGGCCAGUAACCAAAAGGCUACUGGUUCAAAUCCCAGAGCCGACCAGGUGAAAAUCUGCCGCUGUGCCCUUGAGCAAGGCAUUUACAAUGGUGACCCUGGCCGUGAUCCCACUCACUGUGGGUGUCUCAGGAGGAGUUGGGAUAUGCAAAAAAUGUGUGUUAAAAGACAAAUAUAAGCACCCCCCCCACAAAUUAUUAUGAGUGGUCAUUGAAUGGUUUGAUGAGCAUGAAAACGAUGUAAACCAUAUGCCAUGGCCGUCUCAGCCACCAGAUCUCAACCCAAUACAACACUUAUGGGAGAUUCUGGAGCGGCGCCUGAGACAGCGCUUUCCACCACCAUCAACAAAACACCAAAUUAUGGAAUUUAUUGUGGAAGAAUGGUGUCGCAUCCCUCCAAUAGAGUUCCAGACACUUGUAGAAUCUAUGCCAAGGUGCAUUGAAGCUGUGGUAGCCCAACGCAAUAUUAAGAAACAAUGUUUUGUGUUUCCUUUAUUUUGGCAGCUACCUGUAUGUGUGUACGUGACGUGUUUGUGCAAAUCAUCAGUGUGUCCUUGUACUAAGACCUUCAGUGAUUAGUUGCAGCGUCACUUGUUAAUAGCAGAAUACAAGAGAAUAGUUUAAACUACACACAAUUCCAAACAUUCAGACUGACGCAACCUUCAGCUAACACCUUGAAUGUUUCCAAUACAGACUACUGGAUAGACAAGCGUUUUAGUUGUGUGUAUUGCAGACAGAGACUGUAGAUAUGUGAGCCGUUGUGUUGAUCACUAGGCAGCACAACAAAUUAUUUUCAGUGUCCACUGCUAAAUAUACAUGCAUGGAGAUUUAUUUAUGUCAUAAUAUCUCUCUCUCUUUUCCCAUCUGUCAGUCUAUGGAGCAGAUUCUGCAGCGCGGACGCUCAGCACCUGUCAGCCAUAACCGUUCCUUCUCCCUGACCCUCUCCCACCCCCAGAACAACCCGCUGGUCUGCAGAGACGAGCCCUCUGUGUCCUCAGGGAUAUGCGUCACCUCAGCACGCCUGGUGAGUGGACUUUGCCUUGCUACUUUAACAAACUCAUACUCUAUGAUCUCAUAAACUGUUGCUGCUGCCACUAUUGAGAAGACUUUAUGUCAAUGCCAUAAAUCAUGUUCUGUAAUGUGUACUUUUCCACUGUUUCAUAAUCACCCUGUUGGGAGCAGGGAACUCAGCUGCCAGCUGUGAUAUGUUUUUACAUUGUAGCCUACAUUUUGAUGUAAAGGACUUGUCCCAUAUUCCCCCUCAUAACAGUUUGAAGUCUCCCCCUCUAACCCAUAUUUUCUCUCUAUGUGGUUCUUUUUGGGGGUUAAAUAUAGAACCAGCGGUCCCAGACACGAGAGGCACGGCCCCCUCCUCCCAGGUUCAGUAAGAAGGUUUUCCAGCGUAACGCCAACAUGGCGGCGGCCGGGGAUCCCCGUGCCAAACUGGGCAGCUACUCUCAGGCCUACGGCACCAUCAACAAGACAGAGCUGGACAACCUUAUAAGGAGUCGACACCACCAGUAACCACCACACUAUGCUGGAUGUAUGGGAGACUGUCUGACAUCAGACUGGCAAUAGACAAGGGGACAGGGAACAGGGAGAUAUAGACUAGUGGAAUGUUUGGGGAGGAAAAUAUUAUUGCAAAACAAAAGUUAGGAGUUCAGCAGUACAGAUUGAAGUAACAAUGGAGACAAGGAAAUCCAUAGAGUUAUUGAAUGCUCUCAACUUAGCCCUAUUUCCUUUGUGAAAUAAUGACUUGCUGGGAAAUGGGAACUAUGGAUCCUUAGUUUAAUGUAACUAAAUUUGCAAGGGUUUUACAGUGAAAUGCUUUAUACUAGAGGACAGCAGAUAUACCAGUGUAAAUAUAUAUAUUGAGUCAAGACUGUCCUGCAGUAAAUGUGUAGAACAUAUGUAAAACAGAACAUUUAUGUUUGUGUAUAAAUGCUAUUUUAGCUACAAUUUCCUAGCAAGCAAAUUCAAGAUAAUUUAUAUCAAAAUGGUGCUUCCAAUAUGCACAGCAAAAUACAUUUUGACAGUGGAUGUAGGCAAAGCAAACCUGUGGUUUCAUAAUAAAAAUAUGACUUAUUUUUAA